AGGAGGCCUUUUCUCCCAGCAAUGAAUUCCUCAUGUAACCUGCACUUCUUGGAUCUCAACCUGAAUGCCACAGAGGGCAACAUUUCUGAUCCAGAUGGCAAGAACAAGUCUUCUCCGUGUGAAACCAUGGGCAUGUCCGUGGAGGUCUUUCUCACUCUGGGUCUUGUCAGCCUCCUGGAGAACAUCUUGGUCAUUGGCGCCAUCGUGAAGAACAAGAACCUGCACUCCCCCAUGUAUUUUUUUGUGUGCAGUUUGGCCGUUGCCGACAUGCUCGUGGGCAUGUCCAACGCCUGGGAGACUAUCACCAUAUACUUGAUAAACAACAAGCACCUGGUGAUGGCAGAGGCCUCUGUGCGCCACCUUGACAACGUGUUCGACUCCAUGAUCUGCAUCUCUGUGGUGGCCUCCAUGUGCAGUUUGCUGGCCAUCGCGGUGGACAGAUAUGUCACCAUCUUCUACGCCCUGCGCUACCCCCACAUCAUGACGGCGAAGCGUUCCGGGAUGAUCAUUGGGUGCAUCUGGACUUUCUGCACAGGCUGUGGCAUCGUCUUCAUCAUUUACUACCAAUCCACUUACGUCGUCGUCUGCCUCAUCUCCAUGUUUUUCACCAUGCUGUUUCUCCUGGCGUCCCUGUACAUACACAUGUUCCUCCUGGCACGGACCCAUGUCAGGCAGAUAGCGGCUCUGCCAGGUUACAGCUCCAGGUGGCAAAGGACCAGCCUGAAAGGCGCCGUCACCCUCACCAUGCUGCUUGGUGUUUUCAUCGUGUGCUGGGCUCCAUUCUUCCUCCAUCUCAUUUUAAUGAUUUCUUGUCCUCAGAACCUCUAUUGUUCUUGCUUCAUGUCUUACUUCAACAUGUACCUCAUACUCAUCAUGUGUAAUUCCGUCAUCGAUCCUCUGAUCUAUGCCUUCCGCAGCUGCGAGAUACGGAAGUCCUUUAAAGAGAUUAUUUGUUGCCAUGGCUUCAGAAUCACCUGCAGGUUCUCUCGCAGAUAUUAA